GAAACAAUCUUGUGUUUGUCAAAUCAUUUCCAAAGAAAAGAUGACGGCACACAAGAUUAACAAAAACAAAUAGGCCAUUUCAACAAAAAAAGUGAUUUAAACGAAAAAUAAUCUAAAAUACAGAUUUUUUAUUCAAUUCUAUCCAAUAUCCCGCCGUCAAGAUACGCAUAAAAGAAAGUAGCCUUGCACAAACAGAAACUGAAAACAGCUGAGAAAGAGCAAACAUUGCUUCGAAGGAAAGAAAAAGCUUAAGGAUUGCCUUCGUUUAGUGAUACAGUGCAAUGAGUAGAAGCCCGAACUGGGGCGAACUCCCAGCCCUCGUAAUCACUAAUCUGUUCCAAUAUUUGAACUACCACGACCGUCUACAAGCUUCGUCGGUGUGCUGGCAUUGGCGAUCCGAAAUCUUCCAGCCAAGAUUCUUCAAAGGAAUACAUUUUGAUGUAGCACGGGAAAACAAUAAGAAAAACAGCUUCCUGCUGCAAUCGCUGGCUCAUAUUGUGAGCGAGGCGAAAAUCAGUUUCGACUCCUGCAAUCUGUACGAUGUUGAAUUGACGACGGAAAUUCUCUACAAAUUAAGCAAAAGCUCCUGUCUCGUAAGUUUAUCACUAUGCCCAAAGUAUGCCACCCUGGUCACUCCGGGGCGUUUCUACUCUGAAGAAGAAUGGAAUUAUAUUUAUAAGUUGUUUGUUGAACCCAUUAAAACUUUGCUAGGUCGGCAGAAUCCACCGCUCAAGGGGUUAGAUUUAGGGUGCUCUGAAAUUUUAUCGUUGCAUGCAACUGAUUUUCUGAACAGCUGCCCUCGACCUCAGUUUCUAAAACAUAUGGGCUUUGCUUCGGUUAAACAGGACCCUAGCCACUAUGCAUUAAGUAUGAUCGAACCGAAUCUGUUCGAAAAAUGCAAUUCAUUGCAGCAUCUGUCGUUGGAUUACGACAUCAUGUGCGAUGAUUUCCUGCAAACGCUGCAGCUGUUACCCCUCCGACAAUUAGUUAUUCACGUACACGGGGUAGACGAUGAUCAUCCGGGAAUAUCGGAAGCGGCCUGGACUAAUUUCCGGGCAACUAACCCACAGGCAGAGUUGCAUCUGACUCUGGUGUGUGCCUACGAGGCGGUUGACAUCCUACACAGUCACAUCCUGCGCCCGUCGAUGCCCCUGUCACACCUGAAGGUUCUAUUUUGCGAUAGGAUUAAUUGCGAUGCUCUGGAGUAUCUUUCGCGCUAUUACAAAGAAACGUUGAGAAGCAUGAUUUGGGUUGAUUCAAUGCGUAUCCAAGAGUAUCGUAACAUAAUGGAACUGGUACUACGGACUGAACAAGAUCCUCUAGUCAUGAUGGCCUGGCGCUGCAAGAAGCUGGAAGAAAUCGUAAUUCACGGUUAUGUAUUGGAUCCGCAUAAUCUGGUUGGAAUAUCGCGUUUGCGUGGCAAAGAACUGAAAGUACUGGAGGUAUCCCGCGUCGAUUUGUCAAUGCCAUCAGUCAUGAUGACACCGUUCAUUGAGGAAAUCAGCACCCAGCUAGGUCAAAAGUGGGCCCCAUUAGAUCCAAAAACUUUGCCAGCUGCCCUCGGAUUCUAUCCGGUUUCAGACGAAGUGCGUGAUCAAUACAUUCUUCGAUACAUCCGCAAUGGGUUCACGCCUUGAACGAGUAAGUACCUUAUACUAAGCCACUCGACUACAACAGCUCAAAACAGAUCGCCGCUUGAAAACAGUAACCACACGCACUUGAGAGCAAACUGGAGAAAAUGUCAAAUCAGGUUCAAUGUAUUUUAUAAGAACAACCCCAACCAACAAAUGAUACAAAGCAAAACGCAUCGAGCGGGAAAUCGUUCGUAAAGUAAUUCAACCAUGAAUCAUUCUGUAACAGAAAGGCUCAAGAUUGACAAGCGAUAUAAUUACAACAGGAUUUAGUGCAAUUUUUAGCAACAUAGCAAGAACACAAUCGCGGUUAGUGAGAAUGAGUCUAUUUAGUCCAGCAUUACGCCAACAGCUAACCCUAUUCUAGAUGAAUUUAUUUAGAGCAAAGUGAGAUUUGUUAGCAAAACAUGGAACAUUUAAAAUGCAACAGAACGAUCCGUAGUCUGCACAAAAGAGUGUUCUGCGAAGAGAUGAACUAGAUUGGCAGCGAAUGCACGAACGAACCAAUUCGAAAGCGUGGACACCACGCACUAGCCCAAAACCGAUAAGAUAGGAAAACAUCAAUGGAUCUGUGAUUUAUUUUUCUUCGGCUACAUUAUUUAUGUGUUGUAUUCCGGUUUUUUGAAUUUCUGUCUAUUUAUAUACAUAUACAACCCCGAAAAAAUUCAAAUUCCUAUAUUCUUUACUGUCGUCAUAUUUAUUGGAUUAUUUAAUAUUUAGCGUAUUAUAUUGUGAUUGAUGGGAUUGGUUCAGAUGCCACUUAUGCUAGUUAAAACAAUAUUGUUCUUCGAACUGUCACAGUAUCUGAACCUUUUUUUAGGUCUAGUGCGACAGCGAACCCUUAUUGACCAAUCAAUAAAUUGCGUAACUCAUUCCUUUUUUUUGUAUAUUUCUACGUAACACGGUUAUCUGAGAUCCAUCGUAUUGCAAGCAUCCUAGUUAUGAUGGUGUUUUCGUUUUUGACAUUGCACUACACCGGUGUAGCACCAAGUUAAAACGAAAACGCUAUAAGAAAAGUGGCACUAGACAACGCAUGUUAUUUGCUACGAAUUAAAUUGCACAUUCGGUGGUCGUAGCGGUAGUCUCCGAGUAUAAUUUAGUAUUACUUUUGUGUAUCUAGCUGAAAUCUACAAUAAAAGCAUCUGAAUCAUUUCUGAUCCAUUCACAUUCGCAGUGGCAAGCAAUAAUGUUUCACCGAUCAAACUUAGAUUUUGCACAGUACCUAAGUGAAAUUCAAAAAGUUACUCUUUCAUGUAAUCGUGUCGCACGUUUCAGAAAAUUUGGAAAAAAUGUAAUUUUUCGGUUAAUAAUCGUUCCAAAUCCUCGAUUACUGGUCAAGUUGAAGUGUUUACCUUCGAACAAUGAUAUGUAAAGAUAUCUGAUGGAAGGAAAAAGUUUUCCUAUGAUUAUUUGAAAAUUGCAUAGUUGAAAUAGUGAACGGAGUUCCCAACAACGACCUAUAUUUUUUUAUAAAAAAAGUAAAUCAUUAACAGGCCGCAAACACAUCUCGAACUAAAAUCGAAUAGAUGCGAACGGUACUCUCAGGAGAAAGUUACUGUCAAACGCCCUUUGUUCUGUCUUAGACGUUAACACGUUCGAUUAAGGCUAGGAACAGAUCGGCAACAAUUGGGGCUCUUUCAGUAUCUCUGCGGUGCUGAAUAGUGUCGAGCUGAAUUAAUUGACAACGGCUCUCGUAGUCAGGAAGCUGGAGAAGAUAACGCCAAGGAAGCUGUCCCAGAGCGAACCGUAGAAAUUUGCGUUGGAUACCUUCAAUUCGAUCGCAGCGAUUUACGGUGACCGAACUAGGAAGCAGUACAAACUUUUCAAGCAGUAUUAUUGAUGAUUUGGCGGUACGGAAAAUAAAACCUAGCUUACACGAUGCUCGACCAUUAAUAUAUCAGACAUGCUGCUUGAAAGUGAGCUUAGAAUCUAGUACCACUCCAAGAUCCGUCACGGAACUAGCUAGACUGAAGCCAACGAGGCAGUGAACGGUUGAAUCUCAAAUUGGCUAAUUUGACAAUGGCAAUGUCGUGACUGAUUUUGUUAAAGGCAACGGACAGAUGUACAACUAGGUUGUAUACCAUUCCCCAGAAAGCCAAUCCCCAGAAUUCCAUCCCCCAGAAUGUACCGUUCCCCAGAAAGAUAUUGCCCAGAAUGCCCCAUUCCCCAGGAAAGUUAAUGUUUUUAAUGAUUUUUUUUGUGGUGAAGCAUAAGGUUUGCGCAUUACCAAAUUCAAGGAUCUGGUGCGGUGUAAAGCUGCUGAGGACAUGCCGCCGAAUGUGGUCGCCUCUCGCAAGCAAACCUGUUAUCCACUCGUAUAAUCGGUUUACUCGAUCAUAGGGAUUGGUUCCUUCUUUCAAUCAUGGGCAGUUUUUGAUUUUAUAUGCCAAAAAAUUCUUGCACGCAAAUUUGUGAUAUUUUUCUCUGACCGGUUUAUUCAAUCAUAGGUGUUGAUUCCUUCUUUUGAACUUUCCUUGAAUCUGUAUUAAAGUCGAAAUGAAUGCUCAUUUUCACAAAUGGUUUGGUGUGUUUUUAGAGCAUUUCUCGACAAACAUACGAUUACGGCGUAAAAUCCAACUGUCAAAAUUCUCUUUGAAAAGAAAUUCCUGAUAAACCGUUAUAGGCCACACACAGUUCACAGCUUUAAAUGAAAGAGAGAAUGGGCAGACGAAUUGGCUAGAGCUGGCGCUGCGACUGUCUACCACUGUCAAUAAGUUGGAUAAAGCACAAGAUUCGCUCUUGGGCUGCAUUCGAACAUGCCAACCAUUGGCGUAGCUUGCAAACUUGCGUUCAAACAAAGGCUUUUCUGUCGGAUGUGAGUCCGAAAAUGUCAAGAAAUUUGUUGUUUUUCCAAGCACAACUGCAGUAUUCUGGUCAGGGCACUGACUGGACAUUGCAAACUCAAUUAUCGCAUGGCUACUAUUCAGCGCGCUGAGUAUUAUUCAUGUGAUCUUUGUGAAUCCGAUUACGGAACAUCAUAUCAUUUGAUAUGCAAUUGCCCUAUAUUAAUGCAAUUGCGCAUCCGGAUAUUUGGUUCUCCAUACAUAGAUGAACCUAUGUACAGAGAGCUGAAAUUUAAGGAUAUGCUUUUGUUCCUAACCCAGUGUGGUAAAGAGCUAUAGUUCUUUUUUAGCCGUAUUUGAAUGACAAUAUCUCUUCGGGGGUGUUGUCGUUCUGUUAUCUCAAUAUCCCCUCGGGGGUGUUGAUAUAUCCGCUCACUGUUUGAGUAGAGGUUCUAAAUCCCUCCGGGGGUUGGAGGUUUUAUUCCUGCUGUUGUAGCACCUGCAGAUCGUCCAGCAUCACUCCGGGGGUGCAGAAUGCUCUGUUUUAAUUGUUCUGUGUCGUUGUUUUCCUUACCCCUAACCUUACCACUUCCCCAAUCCUUCCCAUCAGGAAAAUGAUGAAAAGAUACUUGGCAAGGCACAAAUCUCCGAUCAACAUGGGGAACGUGCCAUUUGAGCCAGACGCUACUGAUUCCUGAUUCCUGAAAUGGGAUUCCAAUCUGCCUCAUUCACGUUUGACACGUUCAUCUAUUGAAUACUCCAAGUCCCUUUCGUCGCUUGGUUUCCGAGGUCUGUCAACAGCGUGUUCCACAUAAACUGAUAUCGUUUGCCGUCGAUGUGGUUCUCCAAUGACUUGCCGAAUUUACAUCUCAUUAUCCGCUUGUUUUUUUUUUUUUUUUUUGAUUUACUUAGGCGGUCCACUUCAUGUGACGAUUGUCGGAAGGUAAGAAACGAAUCUUUGUCCGAAAGCACAUGAACUUUUUUCCGACCGAUGAGCGCUACUUUUUUGAUGCACCUUCUUGACUAUGACUUGAGCGGAAAUGUUCAUUUUCUGUUUGACAGUCGAUAGUGGUCUGCGUUAUUGGAAGUGAAUUAUUUGAGCGCGUAAACGUCAGAUGAAUGAGCUAAGAUUAUGCAGCCAUUUUGUCCUAAUCAACAUCAAAUCAAUGCUACUGCACGGGCGACGUGGGCCUAGAAGUGGCUAGGCCGAUCAUAUGUUGAAUACUUAAAAGUUGUAUAUCUCCAUAGCGGAUGACAGGAGUGACACCUCCCUGGCUAAGACUCGAUCCCCUACACGCAAACGAAAUUCCACCUAAAAUUGAGUUUUUUUGACUCAAUCUCGGGGUAUAGUGGAGGAAGGUAAAAUUAGGUAAACCGCGUUAAAGAUAGUUUCCAUUUAACCACGGUAAAAAUUACAACUCAUUGAUAGGUUUUUUAUACUCAAAUUUAAGUUAAAUUUACCUAAUUUUGAGUAUACUCCAAACAACUCAAAAGUACCUUGCUCCACGGAAGACCUCGACUGAGUCGAAUCUCUCGUUUUGUUUUUGACAACACUAAUAAGUGCGAAAGCGACGCAGAACUCAAAAGUAAGUUAAAAGAACUUAUUCUGUAGGUUGUUUUAUUUAGCCGUGUAGUGAUGUGCUCAUACACGUUCAUUAUAAAUACCUUACUUUUAGCCUAAUUAUAUUAACUCACUUAUCUUAAUGAACGAACUUACUCUACAUGUAACAACGAUUUUAAAAAUAUUCGUACGGCUCUUCGUGGAACUUCUCUGGGGAAUGGUGCGGCGGGAAUUCUUGUGCUCAUACGUCGGCCAUUCUGAUAAUAUAUUUGGGUCAUUCCAAGUCAGAUUUACAACAAAAAAUUCAAUUUCUUCCAAUUUUUUUCUUGCAUUCUUGAGCUAAAACUAAAUUAACACGUCUUUUUUGUUUUGGCUGAAUAUGAGGUAUAUUUCAAGUUAUAAGUUUUUAAACUUUUGAAGUUUAAAAAAUUUGAACAUUUCUCAUUCACUGAUAACUCGAAAACUAUUCGAUGUAUAGAAAAAAAUAAAUAAAAAAAAGUUGCGUUUUUGCAUGACCUUACCGGAAAUAUUUACGAAAAUUUUUUUGAAUGUAUAAUUUAUAUAUUCUGCAAUUUUUUUGAAGCUGCGCUUACUUAUUUUUUCUUUCCAUAUUACGAAUCAGGCUAAAAAGAUUGUGUGAAAAAUUUGGCGUGAAUAUCAAAAUGCUUUGCGAGAUAUUACCAAUUACAACUUUAAAAGAAACGCAAUUUUCCUCUAAACGCUCAGUAUUAGGCCUAUAAUAGUUGAAAUAUCUCGUAAUGUGCUUCGAAAUUCAUUUAGUUAGGUUGUAAAUCUGACGUGGAACGAGCCAUUUGUAGAUUUUAAUGCCGCGGUUGCCUGGAAGCAGGGAGCUGAUCAGUAUAAUAAAAUCAGGCUCGUACUAGCGGUUGGCAUCGAUUUGAAAGAUCCCUUCACCACUCCCGCACACAGAACCGGGACGACUGGUGAACGCUGGCUGCAAUGGCUCGACUAUGGCGGGGGAUCAAGGGCUUCCAUACCAGUAUAGCAUAGAAUGCAACACAGUUAGACACUAAAUUCAAACAGUUACACAACUUGCGUGUACGCCUAAAGCAAUUUGCUGCUCCCGAUUGAUCAUCUCAUCAGCAAAUCCGAGACAUCACUGGGAACCAGCCAAUUGCUUUGGGCGUUUGCAAAAGUUGUGUGAAUGUUUGGAUUUUGUGUCUAACUGGUCCCAAUUUGGAGCUAGCUUAUCGCCUAACUGACCCAAGUUGGCGCUAGUUACUGAUGAGGUGAAUUCGAAACACGAAUGUCCAACUUAUUCAGAUUUAUACUUGCAAAUUUUUAAAUGACGAUUUUGUUGUAGUUAGCACAUGAAUCUCCAUCAGUAUCAAAAGUUUUGAUUGCCCAGAUGCCAAAAAACAUUUUAUGCAUCGAAAGUUGUUAUGAACCAAAAAAUUGCAAACAAUUGAAUACGAUAAGACAUUUCAAGAUCCUAAGUAGACCAGCAGUAGUCAAUUCAUUCUUGCUUGCCACUGUUAUACAUCUCUCCUUAAACAUGUUUUGAAUUGUAUUGUAAAGAUGAACAAAAGAUAAAAAUGUGAUUAUCGGUUGAAAUAUUGAAACAACUCAAAAUAAUAUGUAUCCAAACUUUCGUAAGAAAAUCUUAAAUUUCUCCCAAUGGGUAAAACAACAAUCGAAGCUCUAUGAAGGCGUAGUAGGCAAUCCAAUAACAACUACUGAACAUAUAAUGGAUGAACAAAAAAGAGUGUAUUGAAUGACGUGUAACUCGAAAUGUAUUUACAUAUAAAUGUGUAGCAACAAAUAUCUAGAAGUGAUCAGCUUAAAAAUAUCAGCGGCAUCAUUUUAUGCGUAGGGGGUGUUCGUAUACGCCGGACACUUAUGGUUUGGCACUGCAAUCAGUUGUAAAGGCAUUAUAUAAUUUCUAACACAAAUUGAACUCAGAAUUAGACAAUUUAAACUCAAAAAAAAAUUAAAAAGUUUGCAUCAGUGUUAUAAACUGUUAUCUAUCUCCAAACAAAGAAAUCUAUCGUGAUACAUAUUUUAUAUGUUGAAUUAAAUCGAUUGGCUCGUUGAAUGUUCGCAAUCAACAUACAUGAGAUUCAUGAGACUAUUUCUGACAAACUUCCUAGUUGCUCGGAUAUUUUGUUGUUUUCCAUUGGUGUUGAUAGGGAGGUACUGUUAUCAACAAUCUUCCUGAAUUCAUAAUUUUUUUAGUUUUCUUUCUAUCUGUUUAACUAUUUUCCUCUUUCUUGCUUCGAAGCACAUUUACAUUAUCAUGAUCACAUAGCAAAACAAAAAAGACAUUUGGAUGAUAGCCUAAUUUUGCUAUACCAGAUACGAACUCUCUUGAAGGAAACCCAAUGUAAAUUCAAAUGCGAAAAUUGUGGUUUUUUCGAACUCUGUCUGUACGGCAAAGAAACGUUAUCGAAAUUCACACUCAGUCAGACCGGUCGUAAUAUGUACAAAAUAAUCGUAAGAGUUACUCAAUUUAGAGAAGAACAUCAACUCGCAGCUCCAAGAGGAUAAUGCAUCACAUUUUUAUCAGCAGUACUUUGAUUAUUCUACUAUCAAACUAAAAAUGUCCGGCGCUAGGCGAACUUCCCCUACUUGUGUACCUUAUUACCACAAUGAGUAACCAAUAGUCAAAUAGACACAGUUGUUAAAUGGAUACAAAAUCAAGAAGAAACCGGAAACAGCAUUGUAUCGUAUAUUAGGAUGUAAUUUUUAUACACACUUUUGACUUAUCUCAGAACUGAAGAUUUAUGUUUAUAUAGUUUGUGCAGCAACAACAAAAUACGCAACGUUUUCGUUAACUUCCUAGUCAGAAAGAGCCAGCAGGAAAGGUAGUGACAAGUAAGAGUCAAGAUAAAAUGAAAUCAAUGUUAAGGAGUAUUAACAAACAAAAAUGUACUUUAAGUGAAAUGAUAGAAAAAUAAGUGAUGCCACCAAAUAUCAAUGGCAGAGCUUGUUUCGCCAGAUGGCAUGCGGUACGAAAAUUCGCAACCGUGAGCAAACAAUUCAAACCGUCCCUUCCGUAAUGAUCGAUCUUUUUGCUGGGCAAUCCGUUAAGAACUUACAGCAGGAGGGAACAAACAAUAAAUGCCAUAAAACAAAGAUCAUGCAACAGCGUGCCUAAGCGAAACUCUUAAUCAAUUGGCUGCUGCCGAGGAUUGAGCGUCACAAAGAAGCUACAAACAAAUAACAACAAAAAAUAAGCAAAAGAACACAAAGCAAAUGCAACAACAACAAAGAACAUAACAACAAUUCCUUAACGCAACAAAUUAGAUCUGUGAUAAUAUCGAAUUAUGGGUGAACAUGAUAAGAACGUUAAUAACAAGAAAUUAUCGGAAAAUGAACAUGAAAGCAGAUGUUUAAAAGACAGCAGUAAAAUGGCUAUCCGUUCUGUUAGGAAGCGAUCAAGCGAAAAACCGGUCCAGUGCAGGAAACAAACUCAAUAAAAAACACACAUGUACCGAUUUUCCGUUUUGCACACGAAACAGAAUUUCAGCUGAUUCUCCAGAUGCAUACAAUAUGAUAUUUAAACAAAACUGAACAGUAAUGUACCAUUCUUAUUUUAAGUGUUGUAGUGUUUAUUUAUUUUUGGGGUUAUGGAACACUUAGCGUGUGUAGUAAAAUAUUUAAAUAAAUGUGUCUAUGAUGGACUUAUCGAGAUAAACCGAGCGAGGUGAAAUAACGAAACUUAAAAAAUAGUUUAAUAAUAAUAAGAAUUAUAUAAAAAAUACCAUGCUGAAAGCAUAAUAUUCAAAUAUAAGCGCUCUGAAAGAAUUAGUAAGCGGAUUUAUUAACCAAGAAGUAUAUAUGUAUCUAUUAGAUGUAAGAAUUGUUUGUGUUCGAAAGCUAAUUUUUACUGAAGCAAAAUGUUCAAUUGAUUCGAUAACUAACCUGUCGAUCGAGAUUUUCGACGCACUUGAUUCUCUUUUCUUCGUUUGUUGUCUUUAGUUUGAUUCUGAUUUACAAAAUUCCAAAACUAAAUUUGCUUUAAAACGUUCCAAACAAAUGUGAGAAAAAAAAAGUUGAAAGAGUAAUAAUGCAACUCAAAACCAAAAAAGGCAAAAAAGUUCGCGUAUGUUUGAAUGAAGCAAAAGAGUUGCCAUCGUUAUCUAGUGAAAAAACCCUGCAAAGAGUGAAUAAACAAAAUUACAUCUAAGAAAAAAAAAACGAACGUAAGCUGUAUAAACAAACGAAUGUACUAUCACAGAGGCACUAUUUAUAUCUAUAUAGCGCGAAGAUGAGUCGCUACGAGCAAUGCAAUCCAAAGUAACGGAGUCUUAAUGUGUUUACUUUUAGAAGACAUGUUAGACGGAACAUCUAGUAUUAGCUACGAGUUGUUGGUAACAUUGUUAAAAGUAUCCAGUAUUUCCCCGUGCUGAAAAAUUCAUCGAUUCACAGUUUUCCUCUAGCUACUAUCACGUCAGACUCGACAGGUAUAUGUUGCUCUUUAAAAUUAGUUCACGCUUUUGGUGAAUGGAACGACAGGAUUUAGUAUGUGAUAUAUCACAGGAAGCUUCUCCAGACUCUAUUGGAUAACAGAAUAAUUACGGUGCUAUUCUCUU